AUGGGUGCAGAGGGUGGCAUUCGCGAUAAGUUUGCUUUCUGCCAACAAACCUUCUUCACCUUCAAUGGCAGAACAUACGAGCAGAUCAAAGGAACGCCGAUGGGUUCGCCAAUAUCCAGCCUGGUUGCAGAACUAGUCCUGAAGGAACUGGAAAAAGUCGCCUUCGAGCACUAUGAACCUGCAUUUUGGCGCCGGUACGUGGACGACACGUUCGUUAUAAUUGAAAGGAGCAGGCCGGCCGACUUCCAAGACCUGCUCAACGGCAUCUUCCCGGACAUUCAGUUCACAGGGGAAGAAGAGCAUGACGAACAGCUGCCUUUCCUUGACGUUCUCGUCACACGCACACCCAACGGCGAACUCAACACCACGGUGUACAAAAAGGCGACUAACACGACUCAGAUUCUCAACUACCACAGUAACCACCCAAUGGCGCAUAAACGCAGCUGUGUUAGGACACUCUUCCAAAGGGUAAAAACGCACUGCAGUGAACCCGAGGGACGAGUAUGA